UGCAGGUCCAAAAUCGAGAUUCCUUGGACAAGCUAAAAAAUGCCACUCCACCUUCUCGGCAAGAAAUCAUGGAACGUCUACAAUCCAGAGAACAUUGCCCGCGUUCGACGCGACGAGGCACAGGCCAAAGCGCGCGAGGAAGAAGAAGAACGUCGUAUGCAGGAGGUGGAUGCUGAACGACGAAUACAGAUCCUACGCGGCCAACGAGCUCCCACCCCACCACCCCCGCAACCAUCCCAGCCGCCGGUCGAUCAACAUACCAGAAGAGAAAGGGAUGAAGCUGCAGGAUAUAGGAAACGGAGACGGCUUGCUGGUGAAGAUGACACGGAUCGCGAUAUCAGGUUUGCCAAGGAGGAUGCAGCACAGGCCCUAGCCAAAAGGGGAGAGCUGGUUCUCUCCCACGGAAACGAUGCGCCACUUGUGGAUAGCUCAGGUCAUAUCAAUCUCUUUCCAUCAGAAGCAACUCGGAAACCAGUAGAAAAGAAUGAGGAAGCGGAGGCUGAAUCCGAAAGGAACAAACGCAAGUAUGAAGCUCAAUACGCCAUGCGAUUCUCCAAUGCUGCGGGUUUCAAUCAAUCCGUGGGCAAGAGACCGUGGUACUCAUCUUCUGCACUUGAAGUAACAGCCCCGGAACCUAUGCCUGAGAAAGAUGUCUGGGGCAAUGAGGAUCCUAUGAGGCGCGAGAGGGAGAAGGCUCGUCUUGAUGCCAAUGACCCACUUGCGGCCAUGAAGAGGGGUGUUCGACAGUUGAAGGCUGUCGAGCAACAAAGAAAAGAAUGGAGGGAAGAGAGGAGCAAAGAAUUGGAGGCGUUGAAGAUGAAUGAGAGUCAGCAGUCGAGCCACAGGGAACGGAAACGGUCAAGGUCCAGGAGACACGGGUCCAUGGAUAGCCUCGAAGGAUUCAAACUGGAUUCUUCGCCGGAUAGACGUCGGGCAGGCAACGACCGUAAGAAAAGAUCUCAUCAACAUCGCUGCGAGAGAAGUCGCGAUCGCCCUCACUCAAAGUAUCAUUCUCACUCUCACCCGCACCGGCACCGUCAUCAUCGGAAGCUUGACCAGCACGAUGAUCUUAAGCGUCGUCGCAAAUCUGAAACCUAUCCCAAAUGCGAGCAAAAGUCUGAUAAGUGA